UCUCUGCAAACGACGAAAAAAAAAACGGCAGGGCAGGCGGUGGGGUUUCGCAACGUUUGCUUUUUUGAAUUUAACGGUUUGCUGUGGCAUAAAGCAUGGCGGACACGGAUCUGUUUAUGGAAUGUGAAGAGGAAGAACUGGAGCCAUGGCAGCAAAUCAGUGAUGAUGUGGUUGAUGAUUCAAUGGAAGAUGUUCAUAUAAAUGAGAGUAAAACAACAACAGCAUCAACUAGUUUUCAGUCUAUAGUAACCCCACUUGCCUCACAAGCUGCAUCCUCGGUUUCAGUUUCACCCAUAGUUGUGUCUAACUGUGCAGCUCCAACAAACGAAGCAGCAAAAAAAACUGUUGUGACUGUAUUUGCUAACAACUCCACUGCUUCUGCCCCACCUGUGAUACCACCUCCAAUUGUUGCCCCUCCAGCAGUUGCCCCUUCAGCAGUUGCUCCUCCAGCAGUACCCCAAUCUGUUGUGCCCCCUCCAACAGUACCUUCUGCUGUACCUCCACCUGUGCCACCUACAGGACAACAACUUAUCCUCACUCAGAGUCCAACAGGACUAGGUACAAUGGCCAUGUCUCAGAUGCUGCAGCCCGUACAAAUGAUGCAGAAUGCAAACCAGGGAACUGGUGGGACAACAAAUCAGCCCAUAUUCAUCACUACUCAGGGUUUUCCUGUUAGAAAUGUUCGGCCCAUGCAGAAUUCUGUAAAUCCAGUUGGAAUUGUGCUAAAUGUCCAACAAGGUCAGACAGUGAGGCCAAUCACUUUGGUCCCAGCUCCUGGCACACAGUUCUUUAAACCAGCAGUUGGAGUUCCUCAAGUUCUGUCACAGAUGACCCAAGUUAGAUCUGGAGCUCCAGUCCCGGGGCGCCCUCCUACAAGCACAUUUACUACUGUAAUACCCGCUACAUUGACAAUUCGAAGUACAGCUCCACCUAAUACUGGACCACCAGGUACCAAGGUGACAUCCACCCUGCCACCUACUACAACCACACAACUUGUCCACUCAUCAGCAGUUUCUCAACCCUCACAGACGAUCUCUGUCUCUAAUUCCAAACUAGUUGGUUUAAAGGGACCAUCAAGCAAUUUGGGAAACAGACGAUUCCUGAUGCAGGGUGACACACUGCUGGAGAUCUCAGAAAAAGACGAAUCGAGAGUUAAUGUAUGUAAUUUUGUGACAGUGAAGAGAGGAGAGCACAACCCUGAAGUUCAAAAGCUUGUGAACUUGGUGAACACCGUUAGCCCAACAGCUGCAGGUAGCCAGCCCCCUGCACAGAUUGUUAUGGCUGGCAGCAAGACCCCUGGGAAUGGUCUCAGCACAGUAAGCAGCAGCUCAGAGUCUAUGGAAGUAAAAGCUACGGUGGGAUCAACAGCCAACUUGCCUCAAUCAAAGAUAUGUCCUCGAUGUGGUGCCCAGUUUCGCAUGGUUGAAGCUCUCAGGGGUCAUAUGUGUUUCUGUUGCCCUGAGCUGAUUCAAGGUUUGAAAGCAGGAGAACCUCCUAGAUCAACAGCUGUUGCUCCGACCAGCACAACAAGCCGAGGGCCAGUCCAGCAGCAAGCUCAGACUCCACCUCAGGCCUCACCAAAGUCAAUGCCAGUACUUAACACCUCAUCUCCUGCACCUGUGCCCUCACCCAUGCAGGGUGUAGAUGCGGUUAGUGGCGGAACGGACUCCCAGGGCAAGUUGAUCAUGUUGGUAGAUGACUUCUACUAUGGCACUGAUGAAGGAAAAAUGUCCCAUUCCUUUCGUGAAACUAAAGAUCCUGUUACUUUUAAGUGCCUGCACUGUUCAAAGAAGCUGAAAAACAAUAUUAGGUUCAUGAAUCACAUGAAGCACCAUGUCGAACUGGAUCAACAGAAUGGGGAGGUUGAUACUCACACAAGCUGCCAACAUUGCUAUCGCCAGUUCUCAACACCUUUCCAGCUACAGUGCCACUUAGAAAGUGUCCACAGUCAUUAUGAGUCCACAACCAAGUGCAAAAUUUGUGAGUGGGCUUUUGAAAGCGAGCCAGUAUUUUUGCAGCACAUGAAAAAUACACACAAGCCUGGAGAGAUGCCAUAUGUCUGUCAGGUUUGUGAAUUCCGUUCCUCCUACUACUCUGAAGUAGAUGCUCAUUUCAGAACUAAGCAUGAAGAUACUAAGAAUCUGUUGUGUCCAUACUGCUUAAAGGUGUUUAAGAAUGUAAAUGCAUUCCAGCAACAUUUUAUGAGGCACCAGAAGAAAAGUAUUUACCACUGUAAUAAGUGCAGGCUGCAAUUUCUGUUCACCAAGGACAAAAUUGAACACAAACUACAACAUCACAAGACUUUCCGCAAACCAAGACAACUAGAGGGGCUCAGGCCAGGAACAAAGGUCACUAUUCGAGCUUAUGCUGUACCAAAUAAAGCCAUCACACUUCCCAGCAACCCAGCACCUAUUCCUCUGCCACCACAGACAACAGAGAUUGAAAACCGACCUCCAAAACCAGCUGAGCCUGUUGCAACCCAUGCUGUUCAGCAGAAACCCAUCAAUAAAAAGAGAUCUGUUAGCAAAAUGUUUGAACUUCUAGCUAAGUUUCAAGAGAAGAGGAUUACCCUUGGCAAACAAACUUGUUUAGAGUGCAGCUUUGAUGUUCCUGACUUUCCAAACCACUACCCAACAUUUGUUCAUUGCUCUCUGUGUCGCUACAGCACCUGUUGCUCCAGGGCUUAUGCCAAUCAUAUGAUCAACAAUCAUGUGCCUAGAAAAAGUCCUAAAUAUCUGGCAUUAUACAAGAAACCAUUACCCAGCUGUAUUAAGAUGACUUGUUCAUCUUGUUCUUUCUUAACGCACCUCGGAGAUUCUAUGGCCAAGCAUCUUAUUCAGAAUCCAGCUCACAGCUUUAUGAUAUACAGUGAUCCUGGAUCCAGAGGUGCUACCAAGCAGAGGGAAAAUACAGAAAACCACCAGCAGGACCUUGCCCUAAGAAUCCCAACAAAGCCUUUGGUUCAAACUAAAGAAGUCAUAAAUAACAACAUUAAAGACCAACAUCACAGUAUUUCAAAGCCCACUGAGAAGGACGAGCCAGCUCCUCCAUCUAAAAAUGAAAUUCUUACUUCUUCUGUAGAGGAAGACAAUGAGAAAGACAAGGCAACAGAUCUGGAGGGGAUAGGGGCUGAGCAGAAAACCGAAGAGAAGGCAGUGGUGGUAGUGGAAGAAGAGGAAGAGGAGGAGGAGGAGGAGGAUGCAGUGAUUGUUGAAGGAGAGUCAGUUGUUCCACAGCAGCAGGCACCAGUAAUAGUGGAAGAUGAGGAUGCAGCCAUGAUGGUUGAGGAGGAGGAGGAGGAUGAUGCAGUGGUGGUUCCUGAGAAACCAGAGAGAGCAGAAGUAGUUGAGGAAGAAAAUUCAGUGAUGGUGGAGGAAGAGGAGGAUGAUGAUGUCAUGAUACCAAUUUUAAUUACAAAUGCAAGGACAGUCAAAGAGAACGAGCUGGAUGAAGUUUUAAAAGAUGGAAAAGAAGACAAUGACAUUGAACUGGUUGAGGCAAACGAGAAGGAGAAGAUUGAACAACCAGUCGAGGAGCCUGCUCAGCCUGUCACAGAGUCUGUUCCAAAUCAGGAGGCAAAUGAGCAGGAAGUACAAGAAAAACCUCAAGAAAUGGAAAUUGAGCAGCCAGAGAGCGUGGAAAGAGAGAUUCCCAAAAUUACUGAGGCAAAGGAAUGUAUAGAGAAGCUAUCAGUAAAACAGCUUCGGGUCCUCCUUUAUGCGCUGUGUGCUGGAACCCAAGAAACAUCUGAACACUUUCGUAUUCCUCAAGGGCUCAUCAGAAGCUGGUUGAAAAAUCACAAGCAAUACAUGGAGGAGGAGAGUGCAAAAGGGGCUGCUAUUGACUAUGGCAAAGAUGAGGCAGCCGCAGAGAAGCUGGUUGAAUGGGUUUUGGUACAACGAGAACAGCAGCUGCCUGUUACAGAAGACAACUUCUUACAGAGGGCAACAGAGAUUUAUUACAAGGCCAAUAACUUCCGCAUUUCCUAUGCAUGGGCAGUUGGCUUCAUGAUGCAGCAUAACUUAGGGUUGCAGAUAAAAGGAGCAGUAAGCCGAAAGCUAACAUCUGAUAUGGAAGAAAACAAGAAAUUCUUUGUGGAGUUUGUUCAGAGGCAAAUUCACAUCCAAGAUAUCCCUCUCACUGUAAUUGGCACUAUGGAUGAGAUUUCUCUCUUUGUGGACUUGGAGGCUCUAGCUUCUGCUGAUAAUAUUCGAAGUAGAGAAGCUGCCUUCCAGUUGUCUGGGACAGGGGAGUCACUUUUUGACAUUGUUUUAGGUAUUCUAGCUGAUGGCAGCAUGUUACCCACUGUGAUCUUUUUCAAAGGUCAGCAUGAGCAACUCUCCACUUCGAGUACCAUUUUAGUAGAAGCUAGGCCUGAAGGCUUUAAUGAGGACGAGGAGAUGGAAAUCUGGACAUCCAAGGUGUGGCACAAGCACAUGGAGUCCCAGAAUGGUGGGAAAGGCAUGCUUGUGAUAGACACAUUCCGUACACACCUGUCCGAUGACGCACUUUCAGCCCUCAGUGCUGUAAACACCCUUCCAGCUUUUAUUCCAAUGGGCUGUAGCUCUAAAAUCCAGCCUCUGGAUGUCUGUAUUGUUCCAACCAUAGCAGCUUUCCUGAAGAGCAAAUGGAGCAUGUUGGUCAGGGACAUGCAUGAAAAUAAGAUUGCUUCUUCCCUAAGGGCCGAAGAACUUUUGCGUCUCCUUGUGAAUUGGAUCACUGAAGCGUUAGAAGGCAUAUCUGCACAACCUGAAUUGGUGCAGCAGUCCUUUUUGGUAGCCAGUGUUUUGCCAGGACCUGAAGGAAUCGACAGCUCGGCUCAGCGAAGUGUUGCUGACAUGCAAGAUGAGUUGGUGCACUUAUUGGAGAAAAGGCUGAUGUCAGGAGAGGCAGAGCGGAGAAAUAAGCGUGACCAAGAACUUGAAAUGGCAGGUCCACUGGAGGAAUGGGAAAUGACCGAUAUGGAGGAGGAGGAGGAGGGCCAGGAUGAUGAGUGUGCUUCUCCAAGCUACAGCGAGCAGGUGCCAGACACCAGGGCUCUUCACCAGCUGUUUGAAAAGGACAGUGAUGCCGAGUCGUUUCACGGCUUUGAGGACACGGAGUUUGACCUUUAGUUGCCCUGGGUGGGCACACGCUUCCCAGAUUAUUAGGAUAAAGAGGAGUUUCUGACUCCUGAAUCAAAGAGACCUGAAAAUCAUUAACCACAUGAAUGACGUGUGCACACGCGCCUCCCACCUACUUGGGCAGGGUGCCGUCACUAGUACCAGUCUUCAGCAUGUUGUCUCCCAAUCCCUACUUCCCCACUCUACCGUCCCAAAAAAAAACAACAAAAAAAAAAAAAACAGAAAUAAAAAGAUUUGCUUCUGGAAAACCAUGGACUCUCGUGAAGUGAGCGCAGGUGGGGAGGGGGACACAAUGAAAUGUCGG